AGGGCAGCCCUUGAGGAAAGACUACACUCCAUCAAUGACGCACAUGUGUGGCAAAGCCAAACAGAAAAUCGUCGGAUCGUGUAAAAUUGAUUUUAUGGGUGAUUUCGGGAAAACUGUUACGUAUAUUCAAAAACCAUGGUAAAGACAAGGGCACAGAGGGAGCAGGGGGUUAUGACGCCCAGUCCCAGAACGGCGGAGAAAGUAAAACCUCGCAAGGGAACGAGCCAAAGAAGAAACGAUGCCACACAGCACGCACAAAAGUCAACGAGUGGGGCCAAUGGAAAGUCUGAACGGCAAGAUAUGAUGAUCUCUAACAGUAAGACACCGAGACAUAAGAGCCCAAAUACAGACAAAUCAUCCGUAGAGAAGAGACAAAGAACUCCAGCUAUAAAGCAAGCUGACAAGGAAGAGGGUAGUGAUGAGGAUGAUGUUGGUUGCCAUUUUAACUUGCAAUCCAAUGAGGAGGAUGCACUCCAGCAAAAGUUGGAUAUGACAAAGAGAAGUGGUAGCAAAGCAAGGAGACGACACAAAAUUCAAGAAUUAGAGGAGACUGAAUUCACAGUACCAGCUGUCAAAGAAAAGGAUGAUGAAACAAUAGAAUUGGAAGAGAAUGAGGAGAAAGAAGAGAAGGAGGAGGAGGAAGAGGAGGAGGAGGAGGAGGAGGAGGAAGCAGAGGAGGAGGAGGGGGAGGACAGUGAGAAUGAGAAGAAUACCUUGGACAAAGAUGAUUCAAGUUCACAACAGCACCCAAGUGCAACAAAAGGAGCAUCUAUUUCCAAGGAGCCAGAUCCAGAGAGUGAUGAUGAUGAUGAUGCACCACCAGAUGUAUCCUCCUUCUCAGCAAGCAGACAAGAGGCCCUCGACUCCAUCUCACAAGCUCUACAACAAACAAAGAGAUCAGAGGAGAGAGCCAAGGAGAAGAGAAGGAAUCGAGAUAAACUCCUGAAGCUACAGAAAAAUCGGAAGAAGAUUUCUCUGGAGCAUUCCCGACUACCAGAAGAUUUCUUGUCUGAGGUUGCUAGGAUACCAGAUGUACAACUCACUGAGCCCUCACUUGCUACUCAUACUUAUCAAAAGACAAGGGAGGAUUCGCAUCACACAAUGUUUGAUACUGAUAGCAAGAUGGACUUUGAUGAGGAGGAGCACGACUACAUUCCUCUAUCCGCGGAUGAGCCCCAGACGGUUGAAGGCUUUGAGGUUCAUGCAAUCUCUCGCAAGAAGAAGGCCCCGCCUCCUAAAUCGGACAUGGCAUUGGACUUCUUGCAGCAGCAGCUGUAUGGAGCUAAGAUCAAACGGGAAUCAGUGAUCAAACACAAGGCUAGACUACUAAAACGACAAGGAAAACCCAGUCUUGCUUUCCACAAUCCAAAAGAAAAAAGGAGAAAACCUAAACACCAGGGAAGUAUGAGAGCAACAGCUGCAAGCCAGUGAACUAUAUUCACAUCAUUUUAUUCUUCUGUACAUCAACUGAACAUGUGUUUGUUUAGAGCCAAAAAAAGGCAAUAUUUUUUGGUUGGUUUAUAUACGUUUUAAUGCCCCUCUGACUAUCAGCAGAUAU